AUGUCGAACGCUGAAGCCGGAGAAGUGCCGCAGAUGGCGAUGCAUUUCAAAAAAUAUCAAGAGCAAGUCAGUGGGAUUCUACAGACGUACGCCACGGUUCAGGACGAUGCUCUUUUGAGCGGGUUUUUGACAUUUGCGCACUCAAAGUGCAUCAAGUAUGUGGACGAAGCAGCAGCAACGGCUCAAAAUAACGUGGAACCAGAACUGGCACAGCGUGUAAUGGACUGCUGCUGGAAAAAUGUGCACUAUCCGGUCCUGAAAUGGUUCCAAUUGUGGCGACAGCAUUUGCUGACAGUCAAAGUGGACCAAAAACCGCGGAUUGUGGAAUUGCGCAAAAUGAACGCAAAGCUCACGAAAUUCUUCAAAAUUAUCCAUAAGUUCUACUAUGGGCUUUUGGAAAAGCUCACGGCUGAGUUUGACCUCCAUGCCAUCAUCCCGGAGCCUCUCCUGCGGCAGUUAAACGUGCAGCCGCAAGCCAAGCCCGCGGCAGCUGCUGUCGCCGCUACAGAGAGGCCUGUUUUGCACAAAGACGACCCUAGGGCCGUUUCGAUGAUGUUUCUGAUCCACGGGUGUCUGCUCAAUUUGGGAUCCUGCCACCGCUAUAAAAGCAUGUGCGAAAAGCCCCAGCAUACUACUAACGGAGCGCCAAAUGUAGCCCACUUCAAAAAAUCAAUGCGGUACUUUGAUCUAGCAACUUUGGUACUUCCCUCGGUAGGAGAACUUUAUUUGCAAGAAGGCUUGGUCUACGUUCAUUUAAAGAACUACGGUUCCUCAACCUAUUCUUUCGCAAGAAGUGCUCUUUCGCGCCUUCCAAGUAGUGCAGGUUUUGGAAAUUUCAUGAAUUCUGUGUGCGAACGCAAUAGCAAGAUCUUCAAUGAGAUAGUGGAAAGUUUCCACGCUGUUCACAAACAGGCCACGAGGGGUCAAAUCGUCAAUCGUGAAAUCAUUGAAAUUUAUUUCUUGGUUUUGUUCGGUUCAAAAUUCUCACCAGCGUUGUGGAUCGGUAACGAUCAAAAAAACCUCAUCAGUGAAGUCAUGCUCUCUCAUGUACAACAGGAAGUUAUGCAUAAGACUGCAACGAGGUACUCGAAAAACCUGCAGUUGAUUUUCCAGAAUUUAAUUUUGAUUAUAGCUGGUUUCGACAUUCUCAAAACGCUCAAUCGUAAGAGCCCGGACUUGCCCCAAGCACAAGCGAAUGAAGCCAAGUACCUUGAGUUUGCCAUGGACUACAUCAGCAAUUUUAUCAGCAGUGCUGUUACCGCAGAAUUAACAAAUGAGAAAGAAUGGAUGUACCUCGCAUUUGUUCGUGUUACCGAGUGUUGGCUAAUGGCAAACAAGACUGUACUCCAUUUUGCUCAUAGAAACAUCAACUUCUGUGAGGCAAUGAUGCACUUAAUGAACGCCAUUCAAGAGAGAACCGGUUGUCGUGAACUGGAAAGCGGUUCAAAUCAUAGACCUCACCGCCCUUACUAUUUUGAAGAGGACGUCACUUUGAGAGAAUUCAAACCGCUGAAAUACUCCUUAUCCGAUUUCAAGGAUUCUGACCUUUUCAACGCGGACGAUGCCUCAAAGGCUUUAAUCGGAAUGGUAGACAAAAAGCUUUCUAAAAAAGAAGAACACGCGUUGCGACUCAGUGCUAUCGCGGUUUCGGGUAAGAAAUUCUUGUUGAAGAAUUCUUGCGGGAUCCAACUUAUGGACAAGAAGUUUGUCAGAUCGGCCAUUAGGACGGGUGCAGCGCAACGCUUGAAUCAUAGAUCCGAUGGUGCACUAAAGGCCUUAAGUGGCCCUGUUUUAUUUUCGCGCAACAACGAAUCCGAGACUUCGGUGGCUUCGUCUGCGAAAUUAGGUGGAUACAGCGGUUCUUCGGUACCCCUUGCGCCUGCAACUUUGGAGGUGAGACCAAGUAUGGAAUUCACCAACCGCAACUCAGCAGAGGUCAAAAGUUCAUCUUCCGUCUCCGCUAUGAAGCCUUUGCAAGUUUUGACCGGUAAAUCCGAUGCCUCUACAAGCUUACAUUCAAGCUCUCCCUCCCCUUCCGUUGGUGAAUCGAAUCUAAAAAUCGCACCUACACCCUCUCACGAAAUGCCCCAUAUGCCUUCUGGAAGCAUGAUCAACGGUAUGGUCUCCGCUCCUUCCAUUCGUGCUCCCCCGGGGAUUCCAGUGGUGAACCCGAUGCUAGAUUCUCAUGUGAUGAGUCAACACAGCAAUCCUGCUUUUCAAAUGUCCCCAUCGAACUCACCUCAAGUUCAAUUGGGCCCGCGCGCUCAUCCAUCAGCACCAAUGGUUGCUGCACCUACACAUGAUACUCGUCAGACCUACGAGGUUCCAUAUUACGUCAAUGGACCGCAACCAAUGAUGAACAACCCUUACAUGCAGUAUUGGCCCCCUGCUUACCAACCAGUGGCCUAUAAUCUUCGUCAGCCAGGUCAAGGUAUGCCUCUCGCUCAGCAAGCAGCCUACGUGCCACAAGCGGGACCACAGAACCAAGCAUAUCCAGGGAACUAUGCUUGUCCACAGUAUUAA